AUGGAGGAAGACUCGGUGCCGGCCAAGAUCCUGGCCUACAACCGAGCCAACCGGGCCGUGGCCAUCCUGUGCAACCAUCAACGGGCCGCCCCCAAGACGUUUGACAAGCAGAUGGAGAACCUUCAGGCUAAGAUCAAGGCCAAGCAUGAGGCCAUCAAGAAGGCUCGGAAGGAGUUCAAGGCCAUGAAGAACGAGUACAAAUCCAGCCGUAACGAGAAGGUCAAAAGUGCCCUGGAGCGUAAGAAGACCCAAGUGGAGCGUCUAGAGGAACAGCUGACCAAGCUGGAGGUGAGCGCUACAGACAAGGAGGAGAAUAAGGAGAUUGCGCUGGGCACCUCCAAGCUGAACUACCUGGACCCUCGCAUCUCAGUGGCCUGGACGAAGAAAUGGGCAGUUCCCAUCGAGAAGAUCUACAACCGCACACAACGGGACAAGUUCCGAUGGGCCAUCGACAUGGCGGGACCCGAUUUUGUAUUUUAACGAGAGGCAAGACUUAUAUAUUUUCUAGACAAAUCACAAACACAUUCAAACAUUUGACAAACCGUUAUUAUUUGUACAGAUACAUAGUAGAACGUUUUUGAUGUUAAAAAAAAAGCAUUUACUACUUUAAGAGCGUCUUAAAAUCCUCCUAGCCACCGAUAACGAAUCAGAUUCUUGUUUUUUUUCCGCGUCGUAAGAGAUUUUUUUAAAAUGUACUUGAAAACAAAUAAAAAUAGCUGCCAGUCCUGUGAUUUUUUUUCUGUUUCCGCGGAGUGACAACUUCUGUUGAAUGAAAUUCACGGCAGUUUUUUUUUUUUUUUACAAAUAAGGUGGCCUUUGGGUCUUAUUUUAAUAAUGUACAUCUAUGUAUUUUCUGUUGGGAUCCAUGUUUGUGGAAUGUACAUUGAAGAGUAAAUUCACGCUAAACGUUGGAAAGUUAUUGUAGCACUCGUGUUUGUUUAGUAGGCUUUAUUUUUAUUUAAUGGGGCAGUUGUGACAAAUUUGGAGGGAAUUUGCAAGUUAUAAGCCAUGUUUGUUAACUUUUGAAAUUCUCCUGUACCUGAAUUUUGUCUCUUUUUUUUUUCAUCCGACUGCCCGUUUUUAAAUGGAUGUUGAAAUUGCCAAGUAUUUUUUGUUUCUUUUUUAAGUUUAUUGCUUCCAAUUUUUGAGUGAGGGAAAAUUUGUUUCUCAAUUUUAUGUUUUGUUUUGAAGGAUGAAUAAGCAAUAUUUCUUAGCUGGAUAUUCGUGACCUGUCAGAAAAACAGUUCUUUAAAACUUGGAAGUGAAAUGUUAAAUCCCAUGCCUUAAUCAAUUUGAAGUUUGUCAAGCGCAACAGCCCAUCAAUUAAAACUGAAAAAA